AUGCACAUGGCUGAUGGCACUGUGCGAGGAAAAGAUUCCAGCUCGGCAGAGGUGCACUUUAUCGGUCAGAUUGUGAGUGGGUCAGGGUUCUCAGACUCACAGCUGUUCUGCAGGUGGAGUAUACAAACAGGCGGUGCCUGGCACCAUGUGGAGGGUCUGAAGGAGGGUCAGACGCACGCCGACUGCCCCCAGCUCGGUCAGGCGGCGAUCUGGUGUCACCCAGUGGAUGUGCACUACACCAUCAAAGGCAUCACAGGUUGGCCGAAGCUGGUUGUGCAGGUGUACAGUCUGGACGGCUUUGGACGGUUCGACAUCUGUGGCUACGGCUUCUGCAACUUGCCUAGCAGUCCGGGAGCGCACAGCAUCGACUGCGUCAUCUGGAGGCCGACUGGCAGUCUGAGGGACGAGUUUCGCCAGCAGUUUGUGGGCGGCGGCCCGCAGCUCAGGGACCCUCAGCUGGUCUACACGUCCCUGGACCGGUACCGGAUCCAGACCACCGCCAUGGGCACGGUGCACGUCCAGAUAAGCGUAAUCCUGCGUAACUUUGCCCGUUACGGUAUCGAGUACUGA